AUGCUCCGUGCAGGAGUGAUUGACUCGCUCUCUGCGUCCGAGCUGCAGCUAGCGCUGACCACCGGCGUCGUCCGCCAGUCGGAGCUGACCACACUGGCCAAGUCGACGCUCGGCCUCGAGUCGGGCCGCUUUUGCGCUGGUGACACGCGGGUGGGCGCUGGAGGCUCGGCGGCGGUAACGGUGCACAGGGCAAAAUGGGUCUCGGACAUUCUACAGCGGCGCGAUGAGUUCGAGGCUGCCUGGCGGCUGGCGGCCAGCUGCGAUGAUCCCGACCGCGCCGCCAAGUCCAUGCUCCCGCGCGACGAGUUUGAGACGCUCAUGAUCCGCCUCGGUCUGCCUAGCGCCAUCCACGCCUCGCUUUGGCCGACGCCAGUAGCUCUAGCACCGGGUCGGUUGUCGGCUGACGAGGCGAUCGAGAUGUACUCGCUCGAGGUAGCGUGGCCCUUUGUGGAGGCCCGCCUGAACACUCUCUCGCCAUCGGACGCGAUGCGGAUGGAGGUGCGCCAGGCUCUGGCUCUCACCCAUGAGCUCGUCGACGAGGUUCAGGACGAGGAGCUUAUCGAUGAGGUCAACGCUCUGCUGGCGGCGGCUGACGUUGACGAUCGCGUCACCCAUCCGGACACCCUCGCCAUGGACGAGGACGGCGUGCUCUCGUUCCUUGCUGCCCAUGGCAUUCACACCCUUGCCGAACAUGUCGAGGACUUGAUGCAUGCCAUCAAAACAGCGCACCGCCAUGACGCCGGUCACUGA